AUGAAGUUUGGUAAAAAUUUCGAAGACUUAUCAAUACCUGAAUGGAAAAACUAUAAUCUUGAAUACAAUGAGUUAAAGUCCACUAUAAAGACAUUGAAUACUGAAGGGUUAACCAACUUAAAACCUUUGUAUAAGCAAUUUCUUGAUAAUUUUGAUGUGAUAAAUUUAUUUAUAGCGACGAAGUAUGAAGAACUCAAUAGGAAAUUUGGAUAUCAUCAAAGUCAUUAUGAAGUUAUACUAAAAGACACUGAAUCUGAUGAGAUAAAACUGAUAAAGUUCGAUAUCUUAUCAUCAAACUUAAUAGAUUUAUCAUUAACAUUAAAAAACUUAUCCAAAUUCAUACUCAUACAGAAGAUAGCUGUUAAGAAGAUCUUCAAGAAGUUCUUAAAACAUUAUUUUGAUAAGGAAAAAGCCCAAAAUUUGAUCACCAGAUUGAAACUCAGGUUAAAUAAAGAUGAGAGAAGUUUCAUAAAUUUCAACUUACUAGAGUUAACCACUAAAUUAACCAAUUUGAUCAAUUUGGUCAAGCAGCAGAAUGAAGAUAACUCCAAAGGGGCCAUAAAUCAAGAAUCAAGUUCAAAAAUUAUCAGCAAAAUGAAUGUUUCUGAAAAUUUGAAGUUCAUCCUUACAUGUCAUACCAAAAGAAAUUUCAAUUUGAAGUUUUUGAUUCCUGAUGAUUCUAAUAAUUUCAAUGAAAUAUUAUUGAAUUUCAACAUUUAUAUGAAUUUCAAAUCUUCAUCUAAGUCCAGUAGAUGUUCAUUGAUUUAUUUACAGAAUGAAGACAAUUUAAUGGGUCAACCAUCAUUUAUCUUCUCCGAAGAGGGUCAAACUCAUUCUACCAUUAUCACUCAUAUUGAAGGAAUAAGGAAGUUUAGUUAUUGUGCUUUACCUAAUAAUAUCAUAGAAGUAUUAUUGAAUUAUGUCAAUGAUGCAGACAAUUCGGUUUUAAAGGGAAAGUUGAAAGAUUACUUCCAUAGCUCUCCCAUCAAUUCAUUGAUCAAAUUGACCAUUGAAACCAUUUUGAAUUGUAAAUUAUCACCCAAAAUUAAAGUCUACUUUGAUAGUAAGAACUAUUAUAUGGUGAAAGAUCAAGAUGAGCAAGAAACCAAAAUCGACUUUUUAUUAGACUUACGUUAUAACAUUUCAACCACCACUAAAUCUGAUCAUUUAUAUUCCCUUGAUUUUGAAAAUCAACAUGAUGAAGAUUUAGAUUCAUUUCCUCACAAUGUCCUCACUAUGUAUUCCAGUGAUCCCAACUUAUUCGAACUUGAAAGAAAUUUAGUCACUGAAAUCGACGAUAAUAUUUUGAAGUCCAAGUAUUCAACUUCUGCUAUCAACAAAUUACCCAAAGUUGUCAAGAAAGUCAUCCAAAAUAGUAAUUCAAUCAAUUUAUUCAAAAACUUUGAUUUUUACCAAUAUUGUUUAUCAUGUUAUUUCAACGUUCAACCUCAUGAUGCUAAUAAUCAUUAUUCUAAUUUAUUGGGAUUGAAUUUAUUCAAGUCUUUUGAGAAUACUGAAAUUUUCAAUAAUGAAUUACAUCUACAACAAUCAUUAUUGAAGUUACAUGAAGACAAGAAAUUGAAAAAUCAAAUGAGUUUAACUACUUUACAAGAUAAGUCUCAAAAGGAUAAGAUCAACGAAGCCGUUUCCCAUAAAAAUUCCAAGAUAUUGUUCUCUGAAGAUAAGAAUUUUAAGAAAAGACCAAAGUUCGUUAAACAUGAUUCAAUUGCUACUUUAUCAUCUUUCAACUUAUCAAUAUUCACCGAUAGAUUAGAAGAUAUUGAUGAGAUCAUUGAGAAUGAAGAUAAUGAAAGUUUGAAGUUGUUCUGGAAGGAAGACGAUUAUGGUUAUAAGACAUUUGAUGAUUCUGAAGAUUUAAAAAAUCCUGGAAAUUCAACUUUGAACAACUUUGUCAACAAUUUGAUUAAUCUCAAGUAUAGAAUGAGUUCAUCAGUUUCAGAUUAUCAAUCAGUUAAUUCUAAUUCAGAAGAUUUCGAUUUGAUGGAUUAUUAUUAUCAAUUCAACAAGAUCAUUUCAUUCUUUUAUCUUUUGUUGAAUUUCAUUUCAUUAUUCAUAAGUGGGAUAGAAUUGGGUAUCAUUUAUUCAGUUUUGGAAUUGAAUAAGGAUAACAAGAAUCGAUUCGUUUUAUGGGGAAACGUAUGGUUAUUUUCAAUUUUGAUAAUUGGAUUACUUAUUUCCUUCAUCACAUCCAUUUUAUCCAUUAACUUAAUAUUUAAAAGAGUUUCAACGCCACCAUUCUGGCAUUAUGUAUUUAUAUUUCUAGGUUUUGCAUUAGUUAUGAUUUGUUCAGCAUUUAUUUUAAUUCUGUCAUUCAUAUAG